AUGCAAGUUGCGACGUUUGCCGGUGGUUGUUUUUGGCGUAUGCAAUCGAUCUUUUCUCGAGUUCCUGGUGUCGUAGGAACUGUUGUUGGUUAUGCCGGUGGUCAUGUAGCUAAUCCCACCUACCAUCAAGUUCGUUCGGGAACGACAGGCCAUGCCGAAACAGUUCAAGUCACAUACGAUCCCAACUACGUUUCGUACGCUACUCUACUGCAAACUUUCUUUUCAAGCCAUGAUUCGUCGCAACUUAAUCGACAAGGUAACGACGUCGGUACAAAUUAUCGAUCACUGAUUUUCUAUCACGAUGGAAGCCAAGCACAACAAGCUAUAGAUUAUAUCAAUUAUUUAAGGAGCACGGGAGUACCGGUUGUGACACAAGUUAUACCCUAUCAAGCAUUUUAUCCAGCCGAAUCGUACCAUCAAUUUUUUGAAGCACGUCAGCAUUUGUACCAACGCACUUAUUAA